UCCUAAUCUUCAAGUGAAUGAUAUAUCAGUGUUGAUGAGGUUUUUGCUCGCUUUGCAACAAAUGAUUCAUUUAUAAGUUAUCUCCAAAACUGGUCGACCAGAAGUGAAGUGCAUUUUCUUGGAGUUUAUAUUCGGAGACCUUUUCAUUCACUUUAAUGAUUGAAAAAUUGGUGAAUUUUAUGAAAAUGAGUGUCAAAUUGGGUUUGUUUGUAGUGCUCGCCGUUUAUAUAUCAUUCUCGGGUUCGGCUAUGAGUCAGAGAUCAAGUUUAUUGCUUUACAAAAAUUUAGGCAAUGAAUUACCGGUUAAAUCAAAUCGUUUUGAAAUGAAGUCCGAAUGUAUGCGAGAACUGAAUUAUCAAAUCAAUUCAGAAUUGUAUGCGAGUCUCGUUUACAUGAAUAUGGGUGCCUAUUUUGAUGGCAAUAAAGUGGCGCGAAAGGGGUUCUCAAAGUUCUUCUCGGAUCAGUCCCGGGAGGAAAAGGAGCAUGCUCAUAAACUCAUUGACUACCUUAACAAGAGAGGUGCUAAUGUUAACAUUCUCGAUGUCAAGAUGCCGGUCAAGAAUACAUGGAAUGGUCCCAAACAGGCCCUCGAAGAUGCCAUUCAAUUGGAGAAUGAAAUCAAUGAUUAUAUCCAUAAAAUACACGGAAUCGCUGAACACACAUGCCUUGACCCACACUUAAUGGAUUUCCUUGAGAGCGAGUAUUUGGAGGAACAAAUGACUUCAAUAAACCAAUUGACAAGACUUCACACAAUACUGAGCCAAAUGCAAAGCGGUGUCGGAGAGUAUCUGUUGGACAGACAACUUCUUGAGGGCAAAGUGGAGCCAAAAGAUCUUUAAAUAUUUCAAAUACUCAAUAAUUUGAAACUCAUUUUCAUUGAAAUUCUGAAUCAAAUGUGUUGACAAAUAUGUAACAAAAUAUUUUUAUUAAACUUAUAUAAAUUUAUAACAAUCU